GGGGGGUAGGUGGUGGUGGUGGUGCGGGGGGGUGUCUCGGCGGCGGUGCGGGAUGCGCUGCCCGGCGGGGCCGGGAGCGGCCCCCGAUGGGAUGUAGCGGGCGGCUGCUGGGACCCGUCGGGGGCCGCCGCGCCUCGUUGCUCCUCACCAUGAUCCUCUUCUUCACCUACUUCUUCUACUGCCUGCCGGGGCCCUGCGAACCGCUGCCCCCCCCGCUGCUGCUGCCGCCGCCCGCCGCGCUCCCCGACGGCGCGGCACCGGCACCGGCACCGGGGGCGCGGCGGCGGCGGGGGGGGGGGGGGAGCGGCGGCGGCAGCCGGCGGUUCCCGCAGGCCAUCAUCGUGGGCGUGAAGAAAGGCGGGACACGGGCGCUGCUGGAAUUCCUGCGGGCGCACCCCGGGGUGCGGGCCGUGGGGGCCGAACCCCACUUCUUCGACAGGUGCUACGAGAAGGGGCUGCGCUGGUACAGGAGCCUGAUGCCGCGCACGCUGGAGGGGCAGAUCACGAUGGAGAAGACCCCCAGCUACUUCGUCACCAAGGAGGCUCCCCGGCGCAUCUACAACAUGUCUCGGGACACAAAGCUGAUCGUGGUGGUGCGCAACCCCGUCACCCGCGCCAUCUCGGACUACACGCAGACGCUCUCCAAAAACCCCACCAUCCCCAGCUUCCAGGCCCUGGCCUUCAAAAACAUCAGCACGGGACUGAUCGACACGAGCUGGAGCGCGGUGAGGAUUGGGAUCUACGCCAAGCACCUGGACAACUGGCUGCAGUACUUCCCCCUCUCCAAAUUCCUCUUCGUCAGUGGGGAGAGGCUCGUCAGCGACCCAGCCGGGGAGAUGGGCCGUGUCCAGGACUUUCUGGGUCUCAAGAGGGUGGUGACGGACAAACAUUUCUAUUUUAAUGAGACCAAGGGCUUUCCCUGCCUGAAGAAGCCGGAGGGCGGCAGCAAGCCCCGCUGCCUGGGGAAAUCCAAGGGGCGGCCGCACCCCAAAAUCGACGUGCAGGUGGUCCAGCGCCUGCGGGAGUUUUACAGACCCUUCAAUAUGAAGUUUUAUCAGAUGACAGGGCAGGACUUCGGGUGGGACUGAGCUAUCCACAGGGCACACCACCGUGCUGGGACCUGGUCUGCCCAGCGGUGCGCGGAGCCAGGACCGUGAUCCAGGGAUGCUCGUGGCUGCCAUGGUCCAGGGAUGCCUGUGGCUGCCCCACCAGCAACCUCCUCCCUUCGUUCUAAUUUAUAUUGGACCUUUUCUGGUGAGAAAUGGACCCUUCUGGAGUAGAGAGAAAUAUUUAAGAAAUAAAAACACAGAUGACCCCUCUCCCCUCCCUGACCAGAUUAAAUAUUCUUCCAUAUAAAUCUUGCUAAUCUAUAUUAACCGUGACCAUUCUGGGUGGCGAGUGGGAGCGUGUGAGUGCGUGGACGGGUGCGUGUGCGUGUGUGGGGAUGACGGCUCUGCCAUCCACAAUAAAAGCUUUGGAAACCAGUCAGCCUCUGGGCUGUGCGGCCAGUGGGUUUUUGCUAAAUCAAAUACCGGUGCUGAGCACAGGCAGCGGCUGCCGUGGGGCGGUGGGUGAGGCCGGCCGAGCAGCAGGCCCCAAG